AUGGACAGCAGCGGCGAGCAGCUGGGUGGGGGUGAGGACGAGGCGGCCUGUACGUCGGCCUCAGAGGGUCUGGAGGAGGGGGAGGUGGAGGGGGAGACUCUGCUGAUCGUGGAGUCGGAGGAUCAGGGAUCCGUGGAUCUGUCACAUGACCAGAGCGGAGACUCUCUGACCAGCGACGUGGGUGAGGAGGCCGACGGAGGCUGGGCCUGCGAGGACAUGUCCUUCUACUGCGACCGCUGCCACAAAUGGAUACCUGCAGCUCAGCUCCGCAGCGAACAGCCCAGCUACCUGAAAGGAGACAACUUCUUCAAAUUCAUCUGCUCUGACUGCUCCGAGGACGGCAAGGAGAGCUUCGAGAGGAUGAGACUCACCUGGCAGCAGGUGGUGAUGUUGGCCAUGUACAAUCUGUCCCUGGAGGGGACGGGUCGGCAGGGUUACUUCAGGUGGAAGGAAGACAUCUGUGCUUUUAUUGGCCGACACUGGAACUUCCUGCUGGGAACGAGGAAGAAGACGUCGACAUGGUGGAGCACAGUGGCCGGCUGUCUGUCGGUCGGUAGUCCCACCUUCUUCCGAUCAGGAGCGCAGGAGUUCGGUGAGCCCGGCUGGUGGAAGCUGGUCCAGAACAGACCUCCGACCCUGAGACCAGAGGUGGACAAAUCCACCACUAAGACUAAGGUCUCCAAACCUGCAGUGGACCCGAUCAUCACUGUGGAGGGUCUGAGAAAACGUGGCGCAAGAAACCCUGUGGAGAACGCCAUGCAGCUGAAGGAGAAGCGUUCUCGCACGCAGGAGGCCAAAGACAUCCGGCGGGCUCAGAAGGAAGCGGUUGGAGGCUACACCGACCGCAGCGCCUCCUCCACGCCCGUCAAGCUGGGCGGAGGUCGCAGCGGGAGCACCGGGCGCCGGCCCGAUCUCAUCCUGGAGAAAGGUGAGGUCAUUGAUUUCUCCUCCCUCAGCUCUUCAGACCGAACACCGCUCACCAGUCCGUCACCAUCGCCUUCGCCUGACUUCUCCGCCCCGGGGACACCAGCAUCUCAUUCAGCUACACCCAGCCUGCUGUCAGAGGCGGACCUCAUCCCCGAUGCCAUGCCUCCACAGGCGCUGUUCCACGACGAUGAGGAGAUGGAGACAGAGGGGAUGAUCGACCCAGGGAUGGAGUACAUCCCUCCUCCCAGCGCCAGCCUUGCGGCCCGCAAGAAGCUCCGACCAGCGCCACCUCACAUCAAACGUGAAGCGGAGAGCGAGGACGAUGAAAGCCGCGAGCGUGAGGAUGACUUUGAGGAGCCAGCGGCACGAAGCGAAGGUCCGUCUCUCUCUGCCGGGGGGUGUGUUGGUGCCGGAGGGCCCGAGCGGAGGAGGAUAACGCAUCCAGAGAAAACAGACAGAGCUGGCGGCGUCUCCCAGAGUCCUCGCUACGCCCCCCUCACUCUUUACGAGGAGAGGAUGCUGCUGCGGCGGCUGGAUGCCUGCCCGCUGGCCUUAGCCGUCACCCCGCAGGCCAAACGCCUUCACAGGAAGCUGCUGGUCCGCCAGGCCAAGAGGCAAAGGGGGCUCCCCCUGCUGGACAUCGACCGGGCAGUCAGCGCCACCCUCAGCCUGGUGGGAGGUAUCUAUGGCGCCCAGGAGGUGGGGACACUGAUGGGAGGUGGAAUCAUGGGAAAAUACUGCACCAACAGCCAGGAGCUGCGAAUUCUUGAUCGCUUCCAGACCAACCUCUCUAGCAGAAGGGGAGUCCAGCAAAACUCGGUGUCCUUCUGGCAUCGGCUGAUGGGAGCAGAAAGCAGUGUGGACCAGAGCAUCAAGAGUCCAUAUACCUCGCGCAUCUUGAAACCGUUCAUCAGGAGGGAUUAUGAGAGUCGUCCGGUGAAGCUCAGGUUGCUGGCGGAGAUCAGAGCUUACCCUCACAGAGCAGAGCCUGACUGGGUCCCUGAGCCUGACGCCCCGAUCGACUACUGCUACGUCCGCCCAAACCACAUCCGCUCCGUCAACGCCAUGUGUCAUGAUAGCUUCUGGCCAGGUGUGGACCUCUCUGAGUGUCUGCAGUACCCGGACUUCAGCGUGGUCGUCCUCUAUAAGAAAGUCGUGAUCGGCUUUGGUUUCAUGGUGCCGGAUGUAAAGUACAACGAGGCCUACAUCUCCUUCCUGCUGGUCCACCCUGAGUGGAGGAGAGCCGGCAUCGGCACCUUCAUGAUCUACCAUCUCAUCCAGACGUGUAUGGGGAAGGACGUCACACUGCACGUGUCGGCCAGUAAUCCCGCCAUGCUGCUGUACCAGAAGUUCGGUUUCAAAGCGGAGGAGUACAUCCUGGACUUCUAUGAUAAAUACUACCCCGUCGACAGCAAAGAGUGCCGCCACGCCUUCUUCCUCCGACUGAGACGCUGAGACGACGACGCCGUGUGUUCACCUUACUUUUCAAAUGACCAGAACAUCCGGUCCAGCGGUGUUGUUCAGUGAGCUGGUCCACUGCGGCACACCUGGACCUGGCUGAUGAGGGAGGAGACAGACUUAUAUUUCACAGUACUUUUGGUUAAAUCAAUCAUGUGACUGUUGGUGCUUCUGGAGAUAUUUACAACCAGGAAAUCAUGAGGAUCAGUAAUUAAAUGUCGCUCAGAUGAAGUAAACUCAACUGCUUCAAGAGCAGAAAAAUUCCAACAUAUGAGCUGUAUCAAAAAAAUCAGGGUGAAGCUCCUGAUGUAUCUAGUUUUAUCAGUUCAGUUUCGUUGUCGAUAAAUGUCUUGGCCUUGUUUUGUCUCAUUUGGUUCGGUUUCCCACUAAACUUCCUUUUCUUCAAUCAUCUGUUAAACGUUGUCUGAAUGUUUGUGAGCAAUUAAAGCAAAACAGUGAAAACUU